ACUGGAGCCGAGCGCGCGCAGCCAUGGCGGAAGCGGAAGGGAGUUCUCCGCUUCUGUUGCCGCUGCCGCUACUCCCGCCCGGAAUGGCGGAAGUGGAGGCGCCGACGGCGGCCGAGACGGACAUGAAGCAAUUCCGCAGCUCCGGUGGUGGCGCCAUGGACAUGGAGCGGAGCCGUUUCCCCUACUGCGUUGUGUGGACGCCCAUCCCGGUGCUCACGUGGUUUUUCCCCAUCAUUGGCCACAUGGGCAUCUGCACAUCCACAGGAGUCAUUCGGGACUUCGCUGGCCCCUACUUUGUCUCGGAAGACAACAUGGCCUUUGGGAAGCCUGCCAAGUACUGGAAGUUGGACCCUGCUCAGGUAUACGCUAGCGGCCCCAAUGCAUGGGACACGGCUGUGCAUGAUGCCUCUGAGGAGUACAAGCACCGCAUGCACAAUCUCUGCUGUGACAAUUGCCACUCGCAUGUGGCAUUGGCCCUGAACCUAAUGCGCUACAACAACAGCACCAACUGGAACAUGGUGACACUCUGCUUCUUCUGCCUACUCUAUGGGAAAUAUGUCAGCAUCGGGGCCUUCGUGAAGACUUGGCUGCCCUUCAUCCUCCUCCUGGGCAUCAUCCUAACUGUCAGCCUGGUCCUUAAUCUACGGUGA